AUGGAGCCUUUAUAUGAGAGAUUCAGAAAGCAAGCACCUCCAGUAUUUCUGGGAGGCCCUGAUGUUUUAAAAGCUGAACAGUGGUUGACCGUUAUUGAAAGAAUAUUGAAUUUUAUGGGAGUGGUCGGAAAUGAUAGAGUGGCAUGUGCCACGUUUCAAUUUCAAGAGGAUGCCCUGAUUUGGUGGGAGAUGGUAUCCCUCACCAGAGAUGUUACCAGAAUGACCUGGGAGGAAUUCCGGGAUUUAUUCAAUGCCAAAUAUUAUAAUGAGGCGGUUCGCAGUGCAAAGCGGAAGGAGUUUGUUGAGUUGGUUCAAGGAGCAGUGAAAUUUUUGCAAGAAACCCGAGAUUCUCCUGGUGUUGGUGGGAUUACUAUUCUCCCUAUGUCUGGUCCUGAAAAAGAGAGUGGGGGUUCUACCUUUGAACAGAAGAAAAGAACUUUCCCAUUUUCGGGAAGUUCAGGGCAAGGAAAAAGGUUUCGAGGAAACCAGAACAAAGGAGGACGUCAGACUUAUUCCUAUCCUGAGUGCCCGCGUUGCAAGAAGCAUCACCCCGGAACUUGUAACCGGAGAGCCUGCUUUCAGUGUGGUUCGGUGGGACAUCUCAGGAAGGACUGUCCUCAGUUGAAGAAAGAGGAACCAAAGCCUGAGGUCAAACCUGUGCCUGCACCUGCUCGUGUCUUUGCUAUAACUCGGCCGAUGCCGCCGAUCCUUCAGUAG